UCAUCAAAGAUAACCCAUCCGGUAAGCGCUCUUAAAAGUACUACAAGUACCGGCAAAAUUGCACAUUACAUUUCGCCCGGUCUGAAGCCUUCGGUGUUCGGUUUGCUAAAGUUUGAGUCUGGAUUACACGGUAUUGUCCCAGAUGGUCUGUUCUACUGCUAACAGUUGGAAUCGGUGAGAAGAAGGGCGAUAAAAGCUAACGGGUAAAACAACAUGGCACCCACCGCCGUUUACGCUUUAGCCGAGAAGGAUGGAGACGAUGAUUUAAAAGCUGCCAAUGUCGAGACGUUUCUACAGCGUUUGUGCCAGGACGACAUCAAAAACAUGCCGAUCUCUUUGACUGGCAUUGUUGGCCGGUUUCGCGAGGGAAAGUCCACUCUCUAUAACAUCAUGCACCGCUGCCUUGUACAGAUGGAGCAGAAUCCCGAUUCGUUUCCGGAUGUUAAUGACUAUCUGUUUGAAGCUGCAGUUCCAAACGCGAACUUGUUCAAGAUGUCACCCAACAGUCAUGGGUGUACGCAGGGCAUCUGGAUAACCAAUGACCCGUACAUCAUCCGCAGCAGUGAUGGGACCAUGAUUGCUGUUUUUCUCCUGGACACUCAAGGGUUGUGCGACAAUGAAAGCAAAGAUUCGCUUGAUUCGGCUCUUUUCUUACUAACCAGCAUGAUUUGUUCCUGCACGAUAUACAACAUCAUGCGAGUCAUGGGCAGCGACAGCCUGAAGACCCUUGCCGUUUUCUCUAAGUUGGCAUCAAAAAUCCGCAACAGUUUUUAUACAGGAAAGGAGAGAGUCUUUCAAGAUCUUGUGAUUUUGACGCGAGAUGCAAUGCUGGGUGACGUUCAGCCUGGAUGGAAAGACGGAGACAUGCAGCUUCAGCAAAAUCUGCAGAAACAGAAACAAAAAAAUGUGGACACCAUUAAGCAAGUUACAAAAGCCUUUCGCACUCUACGUGGAUUUUUAAUGCCCAAAUUAGCGGCCGAUCCCGACGAACAGUCAUUUACGAUAACCCCGCAAUCUGUUUUCCCAGAGUUCCAGAAACAUAUCGCCCUGUUUCUGCAAGAAGUUCUUGGCUCCAAGCUUGCACCUUUCCAGCGUCGCGGCGACACAUAUACCUGCCAAGAGUUCGCCGGUUUUUUUAAGAGCAUAACGGAGUUAUUCGAGAGCGACAGCAUUCCACGAGCGGAAAACAUGUUGGAGACCAUGAUACGCGUUGAAUUCGAAGCGGGAAUGGAAACUGCUCUGGCAGAAUAUCGCGCCGAAAUUUACAAGAUUAUGGAAACUUCACCGACCAACGAUGCUUUGUAUACCCACCAUUCCGCGUCAAAAUCCCAAGCGAAACUGAAACAAAGUCAAGCGCCGAUUUAUAUCAACGAGAGAGCUCGCGCAAACCUGUAUUUACAAAAAUUAGAUGACGCAAUUGAAAAGGAAUUUGAGCUUCUAGUAGCGCAAAACAACGCUAGACUGAAAGCCCAGGAUGAUUACCAGAAGUCGUUACAGACUAAAGAAGCAGAACUUAGCGCUAUGGAAGCUGAAGCCGUAGCAGACCGUCAGCGGCAUGAAAAUACAAUACAGGACAUGGAGCAUAAGUUUCAGAGCCUCUCCGAACAGCGCGAAACGGAGCGUCAGGCUAUGCGCACCGAAAUAGCAAAAGAGCAAGCCGAGUUCGAGCGCCGCCAAUCGCAAAUGGAUCGCGAACGGCUCGAAGCCCAACACUGCGUCGACAAACUGCGUCAAGAAAUUGAAAUGAAAAGGAGCUGCAGCCGAGGCAGUUGGUGGGAUCAUAUACCAGGGGUGCUGAAUUUGAUAGACUCCUUAGCUAGCAAAGGCAUAAAGUACCACAAGAAUUACACCAAGAUUCAGGCACGAAGCGCUUCCCAGCUGUCGUCUUCCGCAUCAGUACCGACACCGGUUUACACAUCGACAUCCGUACCGUCACUCAAAGAUUGUGGGCCUGUGGAAAGCAGCAAAAUUUCUUCCGAUAAAUGCUGAAUACUGCUGCUAAACGAGUAUUGAUAACCCUUUGUUUUAAUUAUUCCCAUGAAUGACAGUCAUAGCGAAAAUUAAGUGCAUAAUUUAUGUGGCGCUGUUGAGACAGUGCUUAAGCAAUUUACCGGAUGCAACAGACCGCGCCGUGCCUUCAACUGCGACUCACAUAAAGCGUCCAAACUGUCAACAUGAACUUAAUAUACUACGGCUUAAUAUUUAGUGAUCUUAUAUACCAUAAUUAUAUACUACGGCUUAAUAUUUAUUAGGUUUAGGAAACAGUAAAUUUUUACGCGGUACGCCGGCACCUCUUCAAUAGCAAUAAAACGUAAUCAACCAUG